UGUGGCUGUUAAUCACGUCUUACAAGCAUCUGACAUGAAUCAGCUGACACAACAACAGAAAACACAAUUUCUUUCGGAACUCAGUUCGCAAUUUAAGUAUGUUCUAGCGUACCAUUCCGAGUUUAUCAGACACUUAACAAUUUUUAAGAGAAUUGUGAGUUUAAAUGUUUUCUUCUUAUUCGUCGUGGGAGCAAUUAUCAUCACCGUUAACACAGGGCUUUUCAUACUGCAACCAUCGAUCGAACAACUACCAUUACUGCUCGUAUCGAUACAAUACACGACGGAAAUCUACUGUUUUUGUACCAUGUUUCAGAAACUGGAUGAUGAAAAUAACCAACUACGCCAAUAUGUCUACGCUCUCGACUGGAUCCACUCGUUGGACGGGCUGAUCUCAGAGGAUGAUCGACGGUAUUGCAAGAUCAUUUACAAGAAUACGCUAAUGAUGCUAGCUCAAGUGAAUGAUGGAAUCGCGCUCAACGCCGGUGGAAUGUUUUCAGUCGACUUGAAGACAUUUACUGAUCUGAUGAGUAAUGUUUAUUCGCUAUUGACACUCAUGAUGCGUACGAUGCGAACAUAAAUAAAAGAAUGAAUGUAAUCAGUUUCUUACCAUUUAAUCCCACCCUAAUUGCUUAUCCUUUGACAGAUAUGGCACAAACUUCCCAAAUGGAGGAGAACGCGCCUCUGGAGCCGACCUACUGAUACCAGUGUCAGUUAUCCACUGUUCAGUGGAUAACUGACACUGAGAAAGAUUACAAGUGGUAGUCGAAAUACGCGUAUCUGUCAAAGGAUAAGCAAUUAGGGCGGAAUUAAAUGGUACGAAACUAAUUUCACUCAUUCGAAGAGGGUAUUCUGCUUAGAGGGUUCGAAAAGUCGGUA